AAAGAGCAACAGGCUUGAGGCGAGGUUAGAUGACGCUUGAAUGUUGGUUAAAUAAAACAUGGCAGCCCCCUGUGAGAAGGAGUAGCGGUUUUUCUUGAAUUAAAGCACGGGAAAAGAAUAAUCAGAAUUGUCGCCGUCUCAUCAUCAUCAUAUUUGAACAAUUGUAUUGGUUUCGUCUGGAACAAGCCAAGACAAGGGAUUUUACGGCUGGCUGUUAUCCAACUUUUGAAGUUGUUAGCUAGCUGGCUGAUUGACUGGCUACUUCAAUAAAUGAAGGAAAACAAGGAGAAUUCAACUCCUGGUAAUCCGACUGCAAGCCUGGACCACAUAAAGCCAUGUUGGUAUUGGGACAAGAAGGACUUGGCGCAUACGCCCUCUCAGUCGGAGGGUCUCGAUCCUGCGACUGAGGCCAGAUACAGGCGCGAGGGAGCCCGGUUCAUUUUUGACGUUGGGACGCGCCUGGGCUUGCACUAUGACACUUUGGCAACUGGAAUCGUCUAUUUCCAUCGCUUCUAUAUGUUUCACUCAUUUAAGCAGUUCCCUAGAUAUGUCACUGGGGCGUGCUGUCUGUUCCUUGCUGGCAAAGUGGAGGAGACCCCGAAGAAAUGUAAAGACAUCAUAAAAACAGCUCGCAGUUUAUUGAAUGACGUGCAGUUUGCGCAGUUUGGGGAUGACCCUAAGGAAGAGGUCAUGGUGCUGGAAAGAAUAUUAUUGCAGACAAUAAAGUUUGAUUUGCAAGUGGAGCAUCCAUACCAAUUUCUCCUUCGCUAUGUCAAGCAGCUGAAAGGUGACAAGAAUAAAGUGCAGAAGCUGUUGCAGAUGGCUUGGACUUUUGUAAAUGACAGCUUGUGCACCAUGCUGUCGCUGCAGUGGGAGUCAGAGAUCAUUGCCGUAGCCGUCAUGUACCUUGCCGGGCGCCUCUGCAAGUUCGACAUCCAGGAGUGGACCUCCAAACAGUCGUCCCGCCGCUGGUGGGAGCAGUUUGUCCAGGACGUCCCGGUGGAGCUGCUGGAAGACAUCUGCCACCAGAUCCUGGACCUGUACUCACAGGGCAAACAGCAGAUCCCCCAGCAACCCCAGCUGUCAGAAAAAGAGAAGGCCAUCCCCACUCCGCAGCAGCUGCAGGCCAUAGCCCUGGCCCAACAGCAGGCCCAGGCCCCACCCCUCCCCCCUGCCCCCAAGAAGACCUCUCCACAGACCAGCCCUCCACGCCAGCUGAAGCGGCCCCAUGCCACCUCUCCUAAAGAAGAACCCAAGGCAUCAGAACAAGUUGGCUCCAAAAUCCCUCGUCUGGAGAGUCCGAUGCCCCCGCUUCCCCCAGCACAGCCCCCUCCUGAUCGCAAGCCCCCGCCCACUGUGUCAGCCCCGCCCGUAGAGGCGGAGCUGUCGAGGCCGGGAGAUGCCGCGGAGGUGCCCAAGGGGCCGGUGCCCCCUCCGCCCCACGCAGCCCCCGUGCACCAGCCCCCGCCUCUGCCCCACCGCCCCCCGCCCCCGCCGCCCUCCAGCUACAUCAUGGGCAUCCCCACCUCCAGCUCCUACAUGUCCGGGGAGGGCUACCAGAGCCUGCAGACCAUGAUGAAGACCGAGGGCCCCUCCUACAGCAGCAUGCCCCCCUCCUACGUGCCGCCCAUGCAGUACCACCCCCACGUGUACCCGCCCAACCCUCCACCCCCCGUCCCCCCGCCUUCUGCUUCUUACCCCCCCCACCUCCCUCCCCCCUCCCCCGCCUACCCGCCGCCCGGCUACAACCACAGCUACCCGCCCCCGCACAUGCCCCCGGGUCACGGCGUGCCGCCCCCGGGCAUGGGCAUGCCCCCUGCCAGCUACCCGCCCCCGCCGGGCCCUCCCGGGGGCCAGCCGCAGGUCCCCCCGCCCCUGCCCCCUGGCCUGCCCCCUGGGGCAGGUAUGAACCGUGGAGGUUGGAUGAGAUAACAGCACAGGAGAGGAUGUACCUGCUUAUUCCAAAAGCAAAGGAUGCUACACCUACAGUCAGAUAUAGAUGUUAACAGUGCCUUUAAUACAUUAAAUAAUUUUUGAGAAAAAAGGACAAGAUUAAAUAUUUUUUGGAACGGGUGAUGGAAGGUAAUGCACUUUUUUGGGUGUUUGCAAUUCCAUCUAUUUGUGUUGAGUAGUUUAGGUCCCACUGUGAAUAUUUUGUUUCUGAUUGCAGUAAUCAUCCAAGUGAACAUCACAAAGGUGACGACUAGCAGUCUGAACUGUUUCUGGUCUUAAUGGAAGCAAGUUGGCAUAUGUACUGGAGUCCACCAGCUAGAGGCAGCCAUUUUGUGAAACCUGGAAUGACUCUUUUUGCAUUGGCAGUGUUUUUCCAUCCCUGUUGUCAUGUAUGAAUUUGGCAUGCACAAUUCCCAUUUAGCACAGUAAUGAAAGUGCUAUGUAACUCUAGACCUGUGUGGUGUUCCUCUGCAAAGACUUUCUGUACCUGUUCUCUUGAACAGUUAUCAGUAUGUUGCUUUGAGAAACUGGGCUUGUUCCGCUGUUGGACUCCCAAGGGGGACAAAACAAAUUGGGUCACCCUUUAAGGCACCGUAAAGCAUUCACACAUUUCUAAUUUGAUUCAUCCUGACUGUUUCUGUCACUAGAUUAUGCAGAUUUCUAGAGAUUGUGCUGGAGGGGGGAAAAUGCACUUCACGUGUCCAAAUGUUGACCGAGGUCUGUUGUGGAGAAUAAAGAGUGAAGUCAUGUGAAUGAAUGAACCAUUCAGCACAAGAGGCCUCUUUGUAAAUAGUGUUAGAGGAGGCAUCGUCUCACUUUCUGUUUUUUAGAGCCGUUCCAACUGAGCUUCUGGCUUAUCCAUAAGGAAAACAAAGUAGUUGAUGUAAAAUGUGAAGUGUGGUCCAAGUCUGCUGUAUGUGACUUAUUUUUUCUCAAAGCAAAAAACAUUAAAAACGUCUGCUUACAAA